GAGAGCAACAAAUGGAGAGUGAGAUAGAGAAAGAAAGCUAGAUCGAUGCAGAAGAGGGAGAGUUUCCGACUUCAGGGGAGGUUUUCCCGUUUGACGGGACAGGGUCUCAUCGUCUUCUCCGACGAUUUCAGGUCUGGUUCAAGCCUCACUGUCUUCCCUGGAGAUUUUAUGUUUGGUUGGAGCCCAUCGUCUUCUCUUGCGAUUUCAGGUUACAUUCCUGGAUUUGAGAAAUAUGGGGUUGUUUCUUCACAAAUUCAUAAAGGGAUAUAUGAAGAAACAGGUUUUAGGAAAGCAUAACAUGAAAGGGGUUUGGUGCUUCAAAUAUGAUGGUUGGUGAGGUUAAACCAACUGAUUAUUUCUUUCUAGCGGUCCGAAUCGUGUUGUAAUUCCUAAACUCAAUGAGAGCAGCAAUGUGCUUUUCACACUUUCAACUUCCUAGAUGCCAAAUUCAUACCUUUUCUUGUUCUUGGUGGGAAAAGGUCCAUAAUUUUAGCAGGAGAGGAGAAAAGAGUUGUAAGUUUCCGUUAUUUGGCUCCACUAUUUAUGGCCUUCAAGGGGGGAAUAAUAGAAGAUGGAGCCAGAAAUCUCUAUCUACAAACACAGAAGGAAAGAACAUCCUAAGCAGAAAAACAAAUAACAUUGGCCAACAAAUAGCAGAUGUAGCAAGUUUGACACAUAACACUUUGAAUACAAGUAGAGUAGAAAUCAGUGAAAGUAAAAGCAUUCAUAUUGAAGAGAAGAUUUCAGAGAACAAUGAUAUAUCAAAGCUUAUAACCAUUAUUGUCUUUGAUAUCGAGACCACUGGAUUUAGUCGAGAGAAGGACCGCAUCAUUGAGAUUGCGUUGCAGGAUCUUAGUGGGGGAGAAAAUAGUACCUUUCAGACACUUGUAAAUCCUGAUAAAUACGUCCUAAAUUCGCAUAUACAUGGAAUUUCAUCCUAUAUGGUCAAUAAACCAGGUGUCCCAAGGAUGAAAGACUUGAUACCCAUCUUGGUUCAGUAUAUCAAAAGCCGUCAGAAACCCGGGGGUCAAAUAUUAUUAAUCGCGCACAAUGCCAAGGCCUUUGAUGUCCCCUUUCUGAUCAGUGAAUUCAGCCGCUGCUCCCUUGAAAUCCCUUUAGAUUGGUAUUUCAUGGACACAAUGUCUCCUGCUCGUGAAGUAAAGAAACGCGAAGGAUCAAAACUUGCUUCGAAUUCACUUCAAGCCCUUAGGGAGCAUUAUGAGAUCCAAGAGAUGGGCAAAGCUCACAGAGCCAUGGCAGAUGUAAGCGUGCUGGCUUUGGUUUUACAGAGGAUGACUCGAGACCUGAAACUGACGGUUCCCGGUCUGGUUCAAAAUUAUGCAUUCACGGCCUCGGAAAUAAUCAACAACUCAAAGAAGAAGAAGAAUUCAAAAUGAAGAGAAUGUUGGUGUUUUAGCUUUUAUAUCUUAGAUUUUCAGAGGUAUGUUGUAACUGUUGUUAUUCUAUGGAUUUAUCAAUUACAGAAAGCUAGUGUUGAAUGGC